AAAUAAUUAAUAUUUCUCGACAACAACGGUGAGGUCGCUUUUCUUUCUCUAUUCAUAACCCAACGGAGAAAACCAAGCAGAGAAACGAAAAAGGGAGAAACGAAAAGGGAUAGAGAGAAGUGAAACGAAACUAAACGAGUACUAAGUUACACCCGCUUAUCUUUAACAUAAAUCCUAGUGCGUAGCCUACCUGUCGACUAUUGUGGAACGCCACUAUACCUCCCUCUAUCCCUUUUAACGUCGAACUGUCAAAUCUAAGGAACCUUGUUUGUAUACGAAAUUCUUAUCGAGCCUUUGGGGUUCACAUCGCGUCUCGAAGAAUACGACAGGUCAAACGAACGAGACAAACAUAAAGCAGAAUGAGCCGCAUAAUGGAUGAAAAAGAAGAGUUAGUUAAAAAAGCUUUAUUUAGCUUUGUAAGAAAACAAGUACCUACUGCACAGCUAAGUUUAAUCGACGAUAUUGUACUCAGCUAUGUGGUAAGCAUGGUAGAAGAAAAUGCUAUGGAGGAAGAAUUAGAUGUGGAUGGUUUAUGCGAAAUGGUUUCUGCUUGUCUUCCUGAAUUUUCAACUAUCGAAAAAGAAGCUGUAUCGAAAUGGUUACUUGACGUUGAAAGUAAACUACGUCAGGGAAGUAAGGAAAAUGAAAAUUGCCAACCCCAUGAUCCAUUGAGUCAUAUUAGCCUGGCAGCUCUUUUACCACCUGGUACUCAAAGAAUGCGAGUACAUCAUCUCUCAGAAACUAGUGAUGCGGGCAGCGAUUCCAGUGGAGAAUACUUUUCUGAGGAAUCAUCUUGGCAUCAAGUUGCACUCCUACAAGAAAUGUUUCCAGCUGCUAGCCCAGCUGAAGCUCGACAUUGUUUAGCAGUUGCUGGAGGUGAUAUAGCAAGAGCAGCUCAAUUAGCUUUGCAUCGUCAAGAAGCUGGCCAAAGUAUUGUCAGCAAUCUGACAUUUUUAACGCCCAAUGGUCGGAAUAAAGCCAGGGUAAAUGACGAAGAAUUGAAGUCACGUAUCAUCGCUCGGUAUAGUUACGUCGACAGGGAUGAUGAUUCUCGCGAACAUCGUCCGGUUGCGCCUAAAACAGAACCAAAGAAAUUAGUGCGCUAUCUGGACAAUAAAAUCGUAAGUGUAAAAGGUGAACGUUAUACUGAAGUACGAAGAGGAGGCGAAGAUGAGGAAGGCAACGAAGGCGGUAGAAAACGAGGUCAUUGCCGUCCGUAACCAGUCCCUCUGCCUCCACCACCUGACCCACCCCCUUGGAGGCAUCUGAUUUCUAAUUAAGCCUUCGAUUUAGAUUUUUCCCAUCUCGCUUAUGUAGUGGUACGCGUGAUACGUAUUGGUAGUAUUGGAUUUUAACAAAUAUCUCGAUGACAUCUCUCUCUAACUGAUAUUAUUA